AUGUCCCUGCGGUGUUCCAGGGAGUCGACGGAGCUGAGAGUCUCCGGCUUGGCUUGGGGGUCUGCAGCAUCCACCAGUCGCAGUGCCCGUCGCUGGAUGCCGUCGAGUCUCCCGCUGAUCCGGCCCACAGCAGGCCGCGCCCAGCCUCCGGCCCUCCCACGUGACCCGAGGCUCUUCCACCACCGGCAAGCCCCAGCAGCCCACCGCGCCCUCCCAGCACCAGCUACCGGAGACCCGGGUGGAGGUUCCUGCCCUCGCCCCGCGCCACCUCGCCUCGGGCCGCCCCAAGGACUUCGACAGGCAGCCCCGCACCCUCACAGGUGUCCCCCUGCACGCAGCAGUACCUCGCCACUCCUAGCUCAGCCCAGCCCAGCCAGCCAUUCCAACACCCCCCCUAUGCUGUCUCACCUUUGCCGGGGUACCUCGCCCAGCCCAACUCAGCCACCCGCUCCUACGAGUGAAUCUUCCUCGGACCUCAGCCUGUCUGGCCGCCGCCCCGCGCCCACGGACACAUCCCUCCUUCGCCAGCCCAGCACACCACCCUCCUGCCGCCUUGGCCCCCGGCUUCCCUGCCGGCGCCUUCUUACCUCCGCGGCAUCGCCAUCACCGCUGGUGUUCCUGCAGCGGCACUCCUGCCACCUUGGCCCCUGGCAGCCGCCAGCGCCUCCACUUGACCCGCGGAAUGUGUAG